UCUGAGCAGAAAUAAACAACACAACACUUUGUGUUACAGAUUAUUGUUGUGAGUCUGAGCUUCUGGGUCUGAUCUGUGUUUCGUCAUCUGAUCUGAUCAACAGUCAUUCUGAAAGUGAAAGUGUUUGUGAUCUCCGUGUGGUGUAGUGAAGAGAAGUGAAGAGAAGAGAAGAGAAGUGAAGUGCUCUCUCUGUCUGUCUGUCUCUGUCUGUCUCUCUGUCUGUCUCUCUCUGUCUCUCUCUGUCUCUCUCUCUGUCUCUCUCUCUCACACAGCAGGGAUCGGAUCAACCAGAGGGCUCGAUCAAAACAGAGACAUGGCUUCUGCAGCUCUCUUUUUCUUUGUACUGAUGAUGUCGUCACUUCGUGUUGGAAAGUCAGUUGACAGUCUGUUCACACUGAAAUGCCAGCCUGCAGUUGGAAUCAUUGGUCAGACCACCAUCAUCUCCUGCAGUAUCGAGACCCAAACAGAAAACAAGCCUAAUAUUAAAACUGUGGUUAUAACCAGGAUUGGACAACAAAAGCCCUGUUUCAUGUUUAACAGUAUGGAUAACCAUGUGACUGGAGACCCUCGAUUUCAUGCUGAAAAUGCUCCAUCGUUAGAGCUUCAGAACACUAUGAUCCCAGAUGAAGGUGAAUACAGUUAUUUCAUCAGAACCAGUCAGGGGACUGAGCACAUCAUGUUCACAAUCAAUGUCACAGGCAAGUACUUCACCCCGGUUGUAACCACCAAGCAGAAAGAGAUUGUGAAUGAUGGAGCUGCUGAUCUGUACUGUACGGCUAACGGCGGUUACCCAGCAGGAACCAUCCACUGGUUUGAUCUAAGAAACACAAACUGGACAAAAAACUCACAUCUGCAAACAACGCAGGGACACGACGGUCUGUUCACUCUGACCAGCACACUGAGCUUCAAGAGGUUCGACUCUCUCUGGGGAGAAUUCAGGUGUGUCGUCCUCAACAGCAGAUAUCAAGUAGAAGGGACGAGCAAUUCAGAACUGAAGAUAAAGGGGAACGCUCCAGCAACACCUGACAGCUCGGUGAAGAACAUCGUAGCUGCUGUAGUAGUGAUCGGGUCUCUCAUCGUCGGCCUCCUGAUUCUUCUCUUGUUAAAGCGACGACGUUUUCAGCAGCUAAGAAGAGCAUCAGCUGUCCCCAUUCUGAGUGACAAUCAGAGAGAAUUUGGUGACUACGAAGAGAAAGAUGCUCUGAACGAUUCAGCUUCGGUUUAUACGGAAGCAGCUGACGCCAAGCAGAACAUCGCAGUGUAACGUCUGCUUCUGAAUCACAUUUAAUCACAUGAUGGAGACCUGAUCUGUGUUCAAUCUUCACCACGCUUUCACUUUCUACAGAAUAUAUUCUUUCUCCUUUAUUAACUCCACAAACAGGUUAGUGUUCUGAGUUCUGUAACCACGAGGGCUUUGGAAUUUAGCUCCAGGCCGAGGCGAGUGUGGAAAGCCCCUGACCUUUAAAAAUAACUGAUGGUCCGUGUAGCUCAUAGUGAAAGCUAAACUGGAAUUGCAGUGUGUUGCAUAAAUUCUUUCACUUUACUUUCAUUUUCAAAAAAUUGGUCAGAAUGAUCUAAGAUAAAUGAUGUGAGUGCGGAUAAUUCAGCAGUAACAGAUCUUUUGCGAUACCUCCAGUGAUGGAGUCAUUAAACAGGACUUAGGGCUCAUUCCACACACAGUGGUGUCUUUACUAAUCAACACAAUUUGGGGAAUAAUAAGCCAUAAAGUUAAGAGUUAAUAUCUGUGUCUGGGGGUCCACCCUGAUCCUGACGUCCUCUACAUGGAGGUCUAAAGCGUCUGAAACGGACCUCAGCUAACGUGUAGAAUCAGGACACACCUGAGAACUGCGCUGCUCUUCUACUCUGUAAAUGUGAAUAGAGUUUGUGUAGAUGAUUACAAGGUGACACGCCGCUCUGAUGUAAGUGACCACAAACAAGAACCAACUUGUUUCCCUGAAGCUUCACAACACUACAUGUAACUAUAAACAGAUAAAGUGUACACACUAUAGGAAUAAAGCAGAUUAGCAUUGAUUCUUUUUCUAUUAUGACAUGUGCCAAAUUGUUUUAUUCAGACCAAAGCACUAAAAUAUCAGACAGAACAACUUCUGAUUCUGAAUGACUUUAAGCACAUGAUGGAGACUUGUGCUGACCUCCAUCAUCUCCACACUGAACUUUCUGCACACAAUGGAUUCUUUCUCUAUUAUUAACUCCACAAGUGUAUUUGCAGCAGAGAAACUGUACUGAGAAGCUCAGCGUAGUUCUCAUGUGUGUCCAGUUUCUACAGACCCAGACAUAGAGAUCCCACAGAACCCGAGGAACCGUAAAUCAGAAAACUACUAAUUAAUAAGAGCUGUAACGUGAAUAAAGCGCUUCAGGUAUGGACAGGACGGGUGCUACAGUGAGCUGCUGGACCGUUCAGACAUGAUGAAGCCUUCACAAGCCACUUCAUACAGCAGCUACGUGCAGUCUCUCUGACUGAAAAGAUGAAAAGCAUUCUGUGAAUGAAAAGUCUUUCACUUUGAGGCCUACACAGGAACCUUAUAUAUCACUUUAUUUAGGAGGUCGUGUGUGAUGUCAUGGUCAGUUCAAUCUCAGGAGCUUCUCUAGACUCAGCUUCAACUAAACCUCUUUAACUGCAUGUGCAAAUCAUUAACACUUCAGUGAGACUCAGUCUGUGCUGAACUUUAGGAAUAGUAAAGAGAAAUGUAUGUAGCACUAAAAUAUCUGUUAUUAUGGUGUAAUUUCUGGUGAAAUUCCUUUUCAGUAAUCACUGUUUACUAAUGUUGUCUUGAGACAGAAAAACAUCUUUGUAGAUAAAUACAUAGGACUGAUCAUAUCCACUAUGUCCUUACUCAUGUGUGACUUUAUACUUUACUCUUAAGUGAUUUUGCACUUUUUAUUACUGAGUUCCGUCUGUAGCAGAAGAUUCAACCUCUUUAAUCACGUUCACCCUCCAUCUGAUCAGGGGCUUGGAUUGUGCUCAUUAACUCACUGUUAUUUACAGGUUUCCUUUUCUAAUUGUUGUGUGUAAUGAAUGUUGGUUUUGUAUGGUUUGUUGUUUGAGAAUGGAAAAUAAAAUGUACUGAACAGAA